UUGAAAGUGAAAGCAGAUCAGUGCAGUAGUUACUUUGUUAAUUUGCAUGGCGGUUUGUUCGCGCUGGAGGUGUCCAGGUGGUCGUGUUUAUCAUGAGUGUUGUGUUUGGUGGUCUUUUCCUCGCAGUGUUAGCUUCAGCUGUAUGCCUGUGUGGAUCUCAGUCUCUUCGUGAUGUCCAGUGGCUGCCGUGUCCGUUUGUGGAUGAGUCGAUAUCCCUCAAUGAAGAGGGUCACAGAGAAACCAAGUAUCAUCAUAAAAAUGGAGUGCUGCAGUUUGGUGUUUUAGGAGAUCGUCCUAUAAACCCAGAUGUUGUUACCUUUCUUGUAAUAACUUCGAAAGUGGAUAUGAGGCGCUAUGUGGAAGGUAAUGUGGACAUGCUGCAGUGUGAGAUCCGCAGAUACAGCACUGGAGGUAUCGUCAUGCGCUGGCCUGGAUUAGGGGCUCAGGAGCACGACAUCUGGUUCACCUGCACUUUCACACACACAGAGGGUCAGUUCAUCACCACCACCUUCCUCAGACACACACCUGCACAGGAAGCCAAUCAGGACUGGAUUCAGAUUUCAGACCGGGAGCAUCUGACCACCUCAGCCGCAAUGGUGAUAUUGACUCGCACCCCUAAGGUAGUGGUGGGUCUGAUGAAGGAUCCGACACUGAGCUGUCAGUUUGCAGUGGAUCAUAAGCAGGCCAACAUGACCGUGGAGUGGAGGCUUCAGCGACGUGGUGAGCGCACUAAGCUCUUCAGCUACUUCACCCGCACAGGGAAGAGUGAAGGCAGCGGGGUGUCUGUCAAAGCUAUCGGAGUCGGAGACGCCUCUCUGAAACUGUCUCACACCACUUACGCCAGCGAGGGCACAUACGUAUGCUCAGUGCUCGUCCCCCCACUCUACGGCAGCCAUGACAUUCAGCUGAACAUCCAGGAAGCACCGCGUGUAUCAGUGAACGUGGGCUCGUCUCUGUCGUUGACUCUGGGUAUGGAUCAGAAGGUGAUGUGUGAUGCUGAGGGUUACUACCCGCUGGAUGUUAAUAUUGAGUGGCUGAGGGAACCAGUGGGUUCCAGCUUUCUACCCGAGAUACUGAAGAACGUGCUGUACUCCAGCCAUCGCCACAAUAAGGACGGCACCUUCUCACUCUCAGCUUUCUUCAUGCUGAAACCCGGCCUGGAGGACUCCGGAUACAAGUACACCUGCAGGGUCACCCACCAGGCUCUGCUCACUCCAAUCCGCAAGAGCUUCACCCUCACUGUAUCAGAGCAAGACUCUACACUGUGGUACAUCACUGUCGUUGGAUUCAUACUUGUCAUGAUUAUACUUUUGUUCUGGCUGAUACCUCAGUUAAUUGCUGCUAAAAAGAGAUCAGAAAGAAAGGCGUUCUGAGAGCAUGCCAGAGGAUUUACAGCUUCACUCCAUGGAGACUGACAGCACUGUCCUCCUCCCCUCCAUCAUCCCUUUCUCCACUCUCUGCUGGAUCCAUGGAUCAGGUGUUUCACUUUGGAGCCUCUGAAGGAUGUUUUAAGGCCUCCAAUCUCCAAGUUUAUGACUUUUAAAAUACUUGAUGUUGAUGUUAAAUAAUAAUAAUUUCCACUAAAUACCAAACCGCAAUAUUCAGAAAUUUGUUCAGAUGUUUAUGGUUUUUAGAUGUAUAUUCUAUAGACUGUCUGUAAUAAUGACAGUUUUACACUUUUUUAAAUUGUUCAAGUAAUCUGGGUUCUUAUUAAAUUGGUUGAAUAGGCUUUGAACAUAUGUAAAUAAUUAAUGUACAGUCAUAAUUUGGUGUCUCUGCACAUGUUUGAUGGUUAAAAAAAAUUAAGCUUUAAAAUUAAAAUCUAAAA